CGUCUGUGUAGAGUGGAUAUAAAAUGACGAUUUUGCCCCUAAUUUUCACGACAUGUGUAAAUGCCCUCUAUUUCAAUGUUUUCUACGGGACUGAGCGCUGCUUUUUCGAGACUGUGCCGGAAAACGCCCUCCUGUCCGUCUCCUACGAUCUCAUCACCGAGGAAGGCAAGGACUGCGUGAUUCAGAUCCUGGACGACCAAAAGAAGCUGCUCUUGACGCACGACUUGAGCCAAAAGAACGACAAGAAGCGUGUAUCGUAUGUAUCUAACAAGACAAGCGUCUACACAGUGUGUGUGCAGUGUCCCACACAUCUCUGGUACCUUUCUCAGAUUUGUAAAAUAUCUCUCUCAAUUGAGAUAGCCAAUGGAAGCAAUCUUGGUAACACACCGCAAUAUGAGCCAGACGUAGAGUCGGCUGCAAAGAGGGAAGAAAUUGAUAAAUUGACAGAUGAUUUAAGUCACUUUGUUGCAUCUGUAAUGGCAAUUGAGAACCACCAAAUUUCUGAAAAUCGCACAUCCACAAAGCUUUACAAAUCAUACAAGCGUAUGAAUCGAUGGAUCCUCUUGUUUUAUGUAGCGGAGAUUUUCCUAAUUUGCUCCAGCGCUGCAAUAUCUGUCUUUUACGUCACAAAAUUUUUUAAAAGGCAGUGUAUACUCUGA